GGAGCCCAUGCUUCCAUCAACAGUGAAGAUCACGAUUCAUUUCCACGCUCUUCGCUGCGCUUCGAUCUUCCAUUUCUGCUCCCUUUCAUGCCCACGAUCCUGUAGUUGUUGAUGCUGUCACGCGCCUUCACGCACAGCAGCAGAGCACGGGAACCGGCGGAGCGAGCGGCGGAGUGAGCAGCGAAGCGGAAGCCUGGGGAGUGGUCAAAGAUGGACGAUUAUACGAGAGAGAUGAUGGACUUGAAGACCCUUGUCACUCGCACUCUCGAGAAGAAGGGCGUCCUCGCAAAGAUCCGUGCUGAACUUAGGGCUAGUGUAUUCGAGGCAAUUGAAGAAGAGGAUCGUGUUAUUGAGAAAGAUGAAGGGUUGCCACCUGCAUUACUUGGUAGUUGCAAUGAUCGAGCCAAGCAGCUUCACGCUUCACCAUCAGGGAGGCUGCUUACUGCUCUAAUUUGUGAAUACUUAGAUUGGGCUCAGCUAAACCACACUCUAAAAGUUUAUCUCCCGGAGUGCAAUAUGCAAAAAGAUUCUUGGAAAGCUGAAUUGAAGGAAUUUAGUAGUAAAAAUGGAUAUGAUCUUAACAGAAAUGGAGAUAGUGGACCUUUGCUCUUGGAUGUGCUUGAAGGAUUCUUGAAAUUUGAGAAUUUAUCUCAAACAAGGGGUGCUGGAAGGAGAAUAACCACUUCAGAAUCUGAUUCAAUGUCCAGUCAUGAGUCUCGAAACAGUAGGAGACCUUCUUCAUCUGUUUCAGGGGGUUUACCUCCUCUAGGAAGGUCUGGUGCUGGUUCACAGUCAUCCGAUAGGAGGGGAGGAUCUUCAAUGUCUGGUUACCGAAAAGAUGAAUACAGUUGGAGAUACGAUGGCAAUGAGCUUCCAGAGGAUGUAAUCAGAGCCUCAACUGCUUUGGAAAACCUGCAACUGGAUCGAAAAGCUAGAAAUCUAACUUCAUCAUGGCGACAUGGGGGAGAUGGCAUCGGCGAGGAUGAUAGCAGAGGUGAACAUAUGUGACAUGGAGGUCGUGUACUCUGUGCACAAUGAUCAAGCGAGGGUAGUGCUGAUGUUAAAAGAUUAUGUAACUUGACGUGUUUAAAAUGUUCUAUUUGAGCUUUUUUUAGUUACCCCUCUGUUACUAUCAACCCCUUUUGAAUUCUCUUGACCAACUCUGAAGCCAUGCUGUAGUUUUUAUGUAUUUUGAGUGAAAAGAGAAUGAAAAAGGAGGCAUUCGUCAAUCAUUUGUGAGAUCAUAAAAUUAGCGUUAUAUGCUCGUGCUUGGUUUCAUAAUUUCAGUGCCUCCUUUUAUCAUGUACUCAAUUGAUGGUAUUUUAUAGACCUCAGUCCUGGUUUUUAUGGACCUAUAUUUGACUAA